UUCUUGCCAGUUGGUCUUUUUAAGAAGAAAAAAAGAAAGAAAAGGACAAGCGAGAGUCAGAAUAGCAUCAAGUCUCCGCAAAAAAAAAACCAACAGAUCCAACCCCUCACUUGAAGCUUGCGAACAACUUACCACUUCAGUACUGCUUCACAUACAUAUAUCUCCCACCCCAUUUUCUAGACUACUACGCCUUUCAAGGCUUAGCGAAUCAUUAUUCGCAAUUAUUUCUCUCCCUCUUCCCACAAACCUUGUAACCUCGCCAGAUACUACAUAAUCUAGCAACAUGACUUCGUCUGUGUUCUUCAAGUUCAAGUCUCAGAAGGAGCCAUCGCGCGUGGAAUUUGAUGGUACUGGUAUUUCAGUUUUCGAACUCAAACGUGACAUUAUCGUAAAGAGCGGUUUGGGUGACGGUACCGACUUCGACUUAGCCAUCUAUUCCGAAGAUGGAAGUGAAGAAUAUGAUGAUGACACAACCAUCAUUCCGCGAUCUACCACGGUAGUCGCACGUCGAUUGCCUCCACAGAAGCCUGGAGCUGGUCGCGCUGCUCGGUAUGUCUCUGGAAAGAUGCCGGCGAGCGCCAAGAAUUCUUCUCGACGAGAGAAUGCAACGAAGGCCACGAAACCCACAUCCGCCGCUCUCACGCAGAUGAGUGCAGCAAUGACUGAAGAGGAAAAGAUGAUGGCUAUGUUUCAAGCCCAAUCCGAUCAGUGGACUGCCCAGCAGGAAGAGAUGUCUCAUCAAACUGCGGUUUACAAGCCAGGCGCGAAGAAGCCCGCCAAUGUCCCGGAUCAUGAUCCCCCGAAUGGUUACAUCUGCUACCGAUGCGGACAGAAAGGACACUGGAUUCAAGUCUGUCCUACUAAUGACAACCCAGAGUUUGACAAUCGCCCCCGUGUCAAGCGUACAACGGGCAUUCCUCGCUCGUUCUUGAAGACUGUAGACAAGUCAGCGCUCCAACAGACCGGUACGGACGGUGAGGAAGUUAAGCCUCCAGCUGGCGUCAUGGUCAAUGCAGAUGGUGAAUUCGUGAUCGCGGAGCCCGACAAAGCUUCAUGGGAGCAGUAUCAGGCUAAAACAAAGUCAUCGGCAGCUGCCCAGAAAGCAGCAUCUGCCGAGGAUAGGGAACUUGAGGAGAAAGGCCUUUUGUGCGCCAUCGACAAAAGGAUGUUCAUAGACCCAAUGAAGACUCCAUGUUGUGAGAAGACGUAUUGCAAUGAGUGCAUCACCAAUGCUCUCAUUGAGAGCGACUUCAUAUGCCCAGGUUGUCAGACGGAAGGAGUGCUCAUUGAUGACCUCAAAACAGAUGAUGAGACCACUACUAAGAUUCAAGACUACCUUAAAGAAAAAGAGUCUACUAAGACAAAGGAGCGAUCAAAGAGCCCUCCCGCCGUGAAGUCCCCAUCUGAAGCACCUUCCACUAAGGAGGCCUCGCAAGCAGAGUCCCCCAAGGCCCAACCAGCAGCUCCUGAGAAGACUACAUCACCCACCCCUUCUACGACGGCCAAGUCCCCUCCGGCAGAGGUUGCCAAACAGUCAUCCAUUGCCACCGUGCCGUCAUCUAGCUCCAGCGAGACCCCUAAGCCUCAAGAGGCAACUUCAGCCUCCAAAAAGCGAUCGGCGGAGGAUCCGCUGGAGAACCCUAAGAUUCCGAAGGGACCAAAGGCCAUGCAACGAGCACAAGAGGCCAAGGACAUGCAGAAUAUGAUGCAGCAAGGCAUGAAUGGUAUGCCAAGCAUGAUGCCCAACUUGAUGCAGUUCCCUAUGAACGGCUUCGGUCAGCCUAACAUGAAUAUGGCCAUGAUGAUGGGAAUGAAUCCCAUGAUGAACCCCAUGAUGGGUAUGAACGGAAUGUUCAACCCGGCUUUUCAGGGCAUGAAUGGUAACGGCAUGUUUGGAGGGAACUUUGGGGGUAUGAACGGCGGAGCAGCGAAUAAUAUGAACGGUAUGGGCAUGAACGGUAGUGGUAGUGGUGGGUUCAACAACCAGAAUCAACAACCACACAGACCUAACUUUACGACACCUAACAAUGACAAUGACGCUUACUUUCGUAAGCCUGUCAACCCUGGACGGCAUCAAAACAAGCAGCGUAGAGUCCGACCAAGUGACUAUAGGGAACUAUGAUGUUUCUUUUGCGCCGUAUGAGUCUUCACGUUCUAUACUUCGCCUACAUACCCACGACUACUCAUUUUAUCAUCGUCGACACACCCUU